CCGCGCGCCGUCAGUGUGCCAGCAGCAGCCAGAGCAUAGCGCAGGGAGCAGAGCGCAGAGCGCAGACAGAGCGCAGCGCCACGCCGCACGUCUUCCUCACAGGGAUCAUACAGCUUCACCGGACCUGAAAUACACCUCAUGAGUAGACACCGUGAAGGAUUAAGGGUCUGCACAGGUGAGGACGCCAUCCACCUCUCUGCCAUCUGUCCUUCAACGGAUCAAGUGCCUUGGUGCCGGCCGCCCCCAGGUCAACUCAUCCGCAACAGGAGCAAAACAAUAAGUCUGGACCUGACGUACCUUGGAAGGCCAGCACAAAGCAAAUAUUUGAGGCCAUUAUAUCUGAUUUCCCCAGGCAGUCGCCACUGACGAGCAGGAAAAGUGGGGGAGGAAGAAGUUACCCUUUCAGAGUGCACCCUGCCCGCUAUUUUAGCCACACUGUGGGCAGGGAGCAUCUCAUUUGGCUGCACUGUUGGCUUACCAAAAAAAAAAAAAAAACAUUCCCUCCCUGCAUGUCCAAAAAUCCUGAAUAAACACCAGAUAGUGAAAUCAGCUUUUCUUGACCUGCCCAACAAAGAGACUUUAGACAGACUCUGUGGUCUCCUUGAAUUAGUGAGAACGAUUUUAAAACUAUGAGAGCAUUGGUGAGGGCUGACUUCUCCAUCUGAUCUUGGAAGUUUCUCCAAAACCACCAAGUGGGAAAUCGGACGUUUGUUUAAGAGCUGCCGUUUUGAUGCCUUUCCCAACUUGCUGAAGUAACAUGAAACCUCUCACGCCGAUUGGAUCCCCGUCUCCUCUGAGGCUUCUCAACAAGGGUCCAGACUACCUGCGCAGGCAGAUUGACGGAGGAGGUCAUGGGCGAUCCAUCAGCGCAGUGGAAAGGCUAGAAGCAGACAAAGCCAAAUACGUCAAGAGCCAGCAGGUGAUCAACACCAAGCAAGAGCCCGUUCUUGUGCCCUGCGCCACGCCACCGCCACAUACCCGCCGAGCUUUCUCCACGCCUGGGAGCCUAACCCCUCGUCUCCCCCCACGGCGUUUAUCCAACACUCCCUUCUCCAUUUCAUCUGGGUCUUUCCCCUCAAGAGAUGAGAAUGAAAAUGAUGAUUCCAGAAAGGAGAACAGACGGACCUCAGUUGACAUUGAGGUGCACAACAGGAGCAACGUGAAUUAUGUGACGCCUCCCAGCCCGCGAACACCUGGGACCAACAAGUUGGUGGCCCCCCACAGCGCCCCGGUGCUCAGAAAGAGCACAGGCAAGCGCAUGUUGAGGCCAGACUCUCUGGUCAUCUAUCGGCAGAAAAAGGAGUGUAAAAGCCUCAGCGAUGCUGCAGCAGGAGAAAACAACAACGUGGAUGUGAAGGGACAGAGUUUUGUCCGACGCCUCUUCCAGGGCUCCAUGAGGGAAAAGAACGGUGGAGGGGAGGGCAGAAUCCAGAAGAUGGUGAUUGGUGAAGAAAAAGCCCCGUCGCGGGACGGUGACUCUCGCAUGUCUUGGACCAACGACAAAGAUGCUCCAGACGGCGCAGGAAGCCGUAAAACCGACCAAGAACGAAGUCCUCUCAGUUUACCCAGCCCUGGAUCCAGAUUCAGACUUGAAAACACAAGCAACGUAUUUACAAACACCACCAGUGACGCAGUGAACGGUGCUGUCACCAAUGGCAACGAUGAUGACAAUGACCCAUGGAGGCGCGUGUCCCCACCACCAUCAAGAAGACUCUUUGGGGAGCUGCAGCGCUCCAAGUCAGACUUACUCCUUCACUGUUCUGUCGCAUUUUCAGAGCAGGAGCAUUUCUUUGACUUCUGUGGUCUGGACAUGGACAUGAUAGAGCGUCUGGGUCGACAGAACUUUCUGUCCGGCGCCAGCUCCACGGACACCCUCUCUCUGGCUCUCCGCAGCGUGAGCGAAGACAGCGGCGGCGCCUCAGAGCCCAGCGAGUUCUCCCGCCAUUCAGGAGACGGACUGUUUCAGGAGGAGCUGGCAGAGCAGCUUCCCACAGGGGUGUCGAUCAUCGAGAGGAACGCUCGAGUCAUCAAGUGGCUUUACGGAUGUAAAAAUGCUGCUCAGGAAGGACCCAAAGAGUCUACCGUUUAAUGUGUGGACACAGAUCUGGAGUCUUGAGAGGCUUCUAUUUUCACAAAAAAACCAGUGGAUAAGCACAUGUUUGUCAGAACACAGGAGGCUAUUCAGACAAUUCAGGGAUGAUAGAAGAACUGUUGCAGAAUUUGACCGCAGACCCAAGAUAAAGUGACCAAAUCCUUGCAGAAUUCACAGAGUUUUUAUGAACAUUUCAGGAUUUUAAAGAGGGCAUUGCUGUGUAUUUAUAAGUUCCUUUUUCACAUAUUUUGUCUGCCAUAGGUCAUAGCUAAAAUUUAUUUUACUGUAAGUUUAAUUAAAAAAGAAAUCUGAUAGUAGUCUUAAAAUGAGGAAGUCAAUUAAUACAUAAAGCUAAUUCAAUUAAUGAAAUAUUACAUUUUAAAUAGUCUUUUUAGAUUUUCAUUAAUAAAUAAAGCUUUUUAGUUACUUCCAAAACUUUAUUUUCACACACAUUAAAGGGAGCUGGAUUCUUGACACUUUAGACCUGCUGUUAUUGUGCUGCGGUUUAUAGAAAAUUCAGUAAUAUGUUCUUUGAUGUGCAGAAAUCUCACUGUAAAGCAACAAUAAAGAACUGGGAGCAGCUUUUUUUUCCAGGAAUUUUAAAAAGAAACUCUUAAAGUGAACUUUGUUCAGCCUGUUGAGGCUCUUUCUGAAAAGCUUCAACCUUGAGGGUCUUUUUGUUUUUUUAAGAUUGCAAAGAAAAAACAGAGUAUCAGUGCAGUCUGCAUGUAGAUUAGCGUUCAGUGGCAUCCACUCUGACACUACUGCUUUUUCAAUUUAAUGAAUAGCAACUGAUAAUAGUGAAACCCAGUCACAUCCCUCUUGUAUUUGUAGAUUAUAUAUAUUUUUAAAAAAAGGCUGUGUAAGCAUUACGUUUUCACAUUUUUAGAAUAAAGAUCCUACUUUCUAACUUAAAAAAUGUUUUUGUAUCUGUGGAUGUUGCAAAGGUUCAUGCCACUUUUUUAUUUUGCUUGAAUUCAUAGAGUUAAACAGAACUGGACUCCGAGCUGAGAGGAUGAAAUGCUUACAGACUGAUACCAGCUUUGCCCUUGAUGACUACGUUUUUGUUUUUUUUUUGUUUUUUUGUAAACUGGAAAAGUGAUGUGUGUGAAGUGAACAAUGAGUACCUCAUUUGCAUUUGUCCCAGUUUAGGUUGUAUGUUGUUGGGUUUUUUUUGCUCCUGAAACGCGGGCGUUGGAUCAGGCAUGCGAGGCGGCGCCCCUGUGGGGUUGUUGGUGCACUGAACUGGACAGAGAUUAAAGAUUGAAAUUUUACUUUCCAGAGCUUUUAAACUGAAGAGGAUUCAUAUCAGUGUCCGCCUUCUGUUGAAGCUUCUCAGACAGUAUUUAUUUCACCUGUAAGGUCAGUGUUUAACACCCACAAUGGUCACUCAUGCAAGCUAUAAUAAAAAAAAACAUUUAUUACCACAUUGUUGAUGGUAAAUCCUGUUUUAGCAGUAAGCUUAUUUAAUUAAUUUCUCUCUAAAGUGGGGGAGACUCAAGCUGUUUGAUGUUUGAAGAUUCACUUUCACCAUCUGGAAGUUUCCAGAUGUUUACUCUCCCCAGUUUUCUCAUCAAAACUGCAGGGGAGGCUGAGGUUGCCCUCUGCUCACUGAUAACCACGGAUCUUACCUCACUUCAUCCAUUCUCUGUUUUUCCACUAAAGGUCAUUUCCAUCUCUUGACUGAAGGAUGCUGAUAAAAUGUGUGCAGGUCUGAGAUAUGUGGAGUAUGGACUGAGAGGCCUACAGGCUAAAGGUUUCCAAAUGAAUUUUUUUUUUCUGAGAGGAUCUGUUUAAAUCCUUUAUUUUCUGUACACAAAAAAAAAAAGUUUUUAUUUUCUAAAAUAAGUUUGUGUAUGCUCAACACACUGCAAAUAAACACAUGUAUGGAGGUAA